AUUGAACGCGGAGGCAGCUGCCGGGCAUUCGUGUGGUCUCGUCGUCAGCGCAGCCGGGCCUACACGCAAGCAACCAUGUCUAAGGGACCUGCAGUUGGCAUUGAUCUUGGCACCACCUACUCCUGUGUGGGUGUCUUCCAGCAUGGAAAGGUGGAAAUUAUUGCCAAUGACCAGGGUAACCGCACCACGCCAAGCUAUGUUGCUUUCACGGACACAGAGAGAUUAAUUGGGGAUGCGGCCAAGAAUCAGGUUGCAAUGAACCCCACCAACACAGUUUUUGAUGCCAAACGUCUGAUCGGGUGUAGGUUUGAUGAUGCUGUUGUUCAGUCUGAUAUGAAGCACUGGCCCUUCAUGGUGGUGAAUGAUGCAGGCAGGCCCAAGGUCCAAGUGGAAUACAAAGGGGAGACAAAAAGUUUCUACCCAGAGGAAGUGUCCUCCAUGGUUCUGACAAAGAUGAAGGAAAUUGCAGAAGCAUACCUCGGAAAGACUGUUACUAAUGCUGUGGUCACAGUACCAGCUUACUUCAAUGAUUCUCAGCGACAGGCAACAAAAGAUGCUGGAACUAUUGCUGGCCUCAAUGUACUUCGAAUCAUCAAUGAACCAACUGCUGCUGCUAUUGCUUAUGGCUUAGAUAAGAAGGUCGGAGCUGAAAGGAAUGUGCUCAUUUUUGACUUGGGAGGUGGCACUUUUGAUGUGUCAAUCCUCACUAUUGAGGAUGGAAUUUUUGAAGUCAAAUCAACAGCUGGAGACACCCACUUAGGUGGAGAAGAUUUUGACAACCGAAUGGUCAAUCAUUUCAUUGCUGAGUUUAAGCGAAAGCACAAGAAAGACAUCAGCGAGAACAAGAGAGCUGUCCGCCGUCUCCGCACUGCCUGCGAGCGGGCCAAGCGCACCCUCUCCUCCAGCACCCAGGCCAGUAUUGAGAUUGAUUCUCUCUAUGAGGGAAUUGACUUCUAUACNUCCAUUACCCGGGCUNGAUUUGAGGAGUUGAAUGCCGACCUGUUCCGUGGCACACUGGACCCCUGCUUGUGGACGUUUGAGCUCACGGGCAUCCCUCCAGCACCCCGUGGGGUUCCUCAGAUUGAGGUUACUUUUGACAUUGAUGCCAAUGGCAUCCUCAAUGUUUCUGCUGUAGAGAAGAGCACAGGAAAGGAGAACAAGAUCACCAUCACCAAUGACAAGGGCCGCUUGAGUAAGGAAGAUAUUGAGCGCAUGGUCCAAGAAGCUGAGAAGUACAAAGCUGAGGAUGAGAAGCAGAGAGAUAAGGUUUCCUCCAAGAAUUUACUGGAGUCCUAUGCCUUCAACAUGAAAGCAACUGUGGAAGAUGAGAAACUUCAAGGCAAGAUCAAUGAUGAGGACAAACAGAAGAUUCUUGACAAGUGCAAUGAAAUCAUCAGCUGGCUGGAUAAGAACCAGACUGCAGAGAAGGAAGAAUUUGAGCAUCAGCAGAAAGAACUGGAGAAAGUCUGCAACCCCAUCAUUACCAAGCUGUACCAGAGUGCAGGUGGCAUGCCUGGAGGAAUGCCUGGUGGCUUCCCAGGUGGAGGAGCUCCCCCAUCUGGUGGUGCUUCUUCAGGCCCCACCAUUGAAGAGGUGGAUUAAGUCAGUCCAAGAAGAGGGUGUAGCUUUGUUCCACAGGGACCCAAAACAAGUAACAUGGAAUAAUAAAACUAUUUAAAUUGGCACCAAAAAAAAAAAAAAAA